AUUUACAAGGAAAAGGAAUUAAAAAAAGGUGAAUCAAUGAAGCCUCCCUUUGCUGAAAAAAUACUAUGGGCCAGAUCUCUUUAUAUAAGAAUAGAGAAACCUAUGGAUUUGUUAAAAGAUCAUAUGGAUCUCUUAUCAAAAGAAGAUAGCGGGAGAAUUAUUCGAUCUUAUGAAGUGUUAGCCGAAAUAUUAACAGAAUAUAUGAUUCUGCAUCACAAUGCUUAUUGCCACAAAAUUAAAGAUAUCAGUAAAGGAACUCAUAAGAAAUUUUGAUGAAAUGAAGAAAAAAAUUCCAGAUGUUUUCAGGCCUCUUAUAAACUAUAAUAUUAAACAGGUUGAAUCUGUGAUGAAACCGGGUACAAUAUAUCUUCAGUGGUUGUCAGCAAAUACUGAUGAAUACAUCAUGAACAUAAGGAAAUGCAUCCAAACACUCGAAUAUGUCAUGUUCCGACCAACUGAUGCAUUAUCUCACCGAAUUCGGUUGCGCCUCCAAGACGUUACAGAGAUUUCCAUUUUUCAUUGUCCCUCUUCUCCUUGCCAUCCUGAAGAAUUCCUACCCUAUAUGGAGGAAACCAGCAAGAAAUAUGUCAAAAUACUAUAUCAUGAAUAUCAGAAAUUUGAUAAAAUUGUUGAAGAAGUGGUAAAGCACCUCUCUGAUGAAGCGAAAAUUGCCCAUGAAGAGUCAUUGAAUAUUGAUUUGUUAGGUGGCUCUGGUAUGUCAACUCAUGAAGAAAAAACUAAAUCUAAUGAAAUAGAUUUAGAGUGUCAAGCUAUAAAUAUGGAAAGUUUUAAACUUAUGGAAUAUUUUGAUGUGCUUUUGGCUAAAGCAUUUGGAAAAUGUCUAAAUCAGUCACUAGACCACCUUGCUUCCGUAUUUCGAUAUUCUGGAAAAUUUGAUCUAGUUAUAAAAGAAAAAGAAGACAGUGAAAUUGAUGUUAGUGUUUUGUUCUUCUCAAAUUUAGUUAUUCAAGAUGAAGAAGUCACAAUGGAUCCAAGUAUGAAUAUAAUCCAAGAAGCUCUCAGUAAUGGCCUUGCAACAAUUCUUAAAAUUGUAGAAACUGUUGCCGAUGAAAGAGAAAAAAACAUCUCACUUCAUACUGAGAACCAAAAUCUGAAACCUGUUGGGUCAACUGAAACAAAAAUGACAUUUCAUCAGAGAGUUCUGGAAGCUUCUGAUUCUGGAAAGUUGGUGACAUACCUGGAGACUGCUGCCAAAAGUGUGCAGCCGGAAAUAACCAAAGUUUACAACCUUUUCUCUGAAUAUAAGAGUAUUCUGAUCAAAGAUAAGGAAAAUCAGAUUAAAGAAUUUAUGGAUACAAAGCCAAAUCAGUAUUUUUUGAAGCGUAAGCUUCAAGUUUUUAAAGACUUAGAAAAAACUGUUGAUUUGUUACCAUAUUCAUAUAUAGUUGCUGGUAUUGAACUCCGUACUGUUGAAUUGACUAAACCUUUGUUGCGUGAAAUUAGAAAAUGGUUCUCUUUGUACAGUAAUGCCAUAAACCAAAAGUAUUUAAAAACCAUGACUGAGUUAUAUGAUUCUAUUGAUGACAAGAACAAAAAACUAGACAUCCCUGUUGAAGACUUGGAAGAUGUUCAAAGAGCGAUGGUGUGUUUUGAAUAUUUUCAAGAAAAUUAUAUUGAAAUUGAAUGGGAGUUUGAACCUAUUCAGGAUGCAUAUGCCCUCCUUCAAAAAUUCAAUGUUCCUGUUGACCUAGAUGAAGUGGAAAAAGCACGUAAUUUACCUAAAGUCUUCUGGGAUACAUACUCAAAAGCACGUAAAAUAGCCAAUGAAAUUACUGAUAGACAACACUUCUAUUACGAUAAAUUAAGAGGAUAUGUUCAUAUAUUUAAAGACGAUGUCAUGAAAUUUGAUGAAGAUUAUUUAAUGAUUGGACCAAUGGUAGAAGGGAUAACUCCCGAAGAAGCAAGUGAUCGUGUUGAUCUUUUUUCGGAUCGCCUUGAUCAACUGUAUGAAAGGUAUGAGAGAUACCGUGGUUGUGAGGAAUUAUUUGGCUUUAAGACAUCUGAGUACCCAGUGUUGGUACAAACAAAGAAGGACAUGGUUCUUUUGCAAAAACUGUUCAAGCUCUUUAAUCAAGUGAUGAAAAAGAUUUCCGGCUAUUUUGAGAGCUCUUGGAAAGAUGUUGAUGUGCAGGUUAUGACUGACGAACUGACUGAUUUUCAGAAUAAGUGCCUGAGAUUGCCCAAAGGCUGCAAAGAAUGGACCUAUUUUGCAGAAUUGAAAAAGAGAAUUGAAGAUUUUAAAGAGACAUGCCCUCUCUUGACGAGACUCAGAAAUGAUGCCAUGACCAUGGAUCAUUGGCAUAGAAUCGAAAAAAUAUGUAGCCAUAAAUUUGAUGAUGAUCAAUCUAAAUGGACACUUGGGACUGUUAUGGAAGCUCCAUUAUUACAAUUUAAAGAUGAUGUUGAGGAUGUAUCAAUAGCUGCUGAAAAAGAAAGAGAAAUUGAAGCGAAGCUUAACCAAGUCAUUGCCGAUUGGGCUCUGGAAAACUUGUUCUUUUCUUCUUUCAAAAAUCGUGGUGAACUUUUGAUUAGAGGCACAGAAGCAAGUGAAACAAUAGUGAAGCUAGAAGAUGGAUUGAUGACACUUGGAUCCCUCUUGAGUAACAGGUAUUCAGCUGCUAUGAAAGACAUUAUUCUGAAAUGGAUGCACUACCUGACAACUUCAACAGAAGUGAUUGAAAACUGGCUUGUGGUGCAGAAUCUGUGGGUCUACUUGGAGGCUGUGUUUGUGGGAGGAGAUAUUGCAAAACAAUUGCCACAAGAAGCAGAAAGAUUUGCAGUCAUUGAUAGUACUUGGGUCGGCUUAAUGGAAAGAGCACAUGAGUUAGUAAAUGUUAUUAAAUGUUGUGCUUCUGAUGAUACAAUGAGCAAAGCAUUACCACAUCUCUUGGAAGAGUUAGAAGCAUGCCAAAAAUCACUUGUUGGAUAUUUAGAAGGAAAAAGAAAAAUAUUCCCUCGAUUUUUCUUCAUUUCUGAUCCAGCUUUAUUGGAAAUUUUGGGACAAGCAAGUGAUUCACACUCUAUUCAAGCUCAUCUUCUUGGAAUAUUUGAAAAUGUAGCCAAAGUGAAAUUCGAUGAUGAUGAAUACAACAAGAUUACUGCUGUAUUGUCCAAGGAAGGAGAUGAAAUCAUACUGGAUAGACCUGUUAUGGCUGAAGGAAAUGUAGAAUUAUGGCUUGGAGACUUAUUAGUAGUUCAACAAAUGUCUUUAAAUUCUGUCAUUAAAAAAGCUUAUGAAAGUAUCAAUUCUGAAGAGUUUGAACUUAUCUCAUUUAUUGACCAAUAUAUAGCACAAGUAGCACUUUUAGGAAUUCAGAUUAUCUGGACAACCAAAGCAGAAGAAGCACUUGUAAAUGCAAGGACACAUAAGAAAUAUAUGACUUUCACCAACAAAAUGUUUGGAGAAAUCUUGAGAAAACUUAUUGCGCAAACUACACUGAACUUGUCAAAAUUUGUGAGGGUCAAAUAUGAGACUCUCAUUACAAUUCAUGUUCACCAAAAGGAUAUUUUUGAGGAAUUGGUUAAAAAGAAAAUAAAAACCCUCACAGAUUUUGAAUGGUUGAAACAAGCACGAUUUUAUUACUUUAUGGAUGAUAACAUGUGCAAAGUUAAAAUUACUGAUGUGGAUUUCAUUUACCAAAAUGAAUUUUUGGGUUGCACUGAUCGCCUUGUUAUUACCCCUUUGACUGAUAGGUGUUAUAUUACUUUAGCUCAGGCUUUAGGCAUGAGCAUGGGAGGUGCACCAGCUGGCCCUGCUGGAACUGGAAAAACUGAAACUACUAAGGAUAUGGGAAAAGCUUUGGGAAAAUAUGUUGUAGUCUUUAACUGCUCUGAUCAGAUGGAUUUCAGAGGCCUAGGACGCAUUUAUAAAGGCUUGGCGCAGUCAGGCUCUUGGGGAUGUUUUGAUGAAUUCAACAGGAUUGAACUACCUGUUUUAUCUGUUGCUGCCCAACAAAUACAUAUUGUUUUAUCAGCUAGGAAAGAGAAAAAAGAAGAAUUUGUGUUUUCUGAUGGUGACAUUUUAGGAUUGAAUCCUGAAUUUGGACUUUUUAUCACAAUGAAUCCAGGUUAUGCUGGAAGACAAGAAUUGCCUGAAAACUUAAAAGUCAUGUUCAGAAGUGUGGCGAUGAUGGUACCAGACAGACAAAUCAUUAUGCGUGUGAAACUUGCCAGCUGUGGUUUUCAAGAAAAUAUUAUUCUUGCUAGAAAGUUUUUUGUUUUAUAUAAGCUUUGUGAAGAACAAUUGACAAAACAAGUACAUUAUGAUUUCGGCUUGAGAAAUAUUCUUUCAGUGUUAAGAACACUUGGAGCUCAAAAGAGAUCCAGACCAGAGGAGAGUGAAUCUUCCAUUGUGAUGAGUGUGCUCAGCUCCAUGAAUGUUUCAAAAUUGGUGGAUGAAGAUGAGCCUCUGUUUGUGAGUCUUAUAAAUGAUCUUUUCCCUGGAAUAACUAAAGAAGCUGUGGAAUAUGAUGACUUGCAAACAGCGAUUGCGAAGAAUGUCAAGGAAGCUAAUUUAAUAAAUCAUCCACCUUGGAAUCUCAAAGUGAUACAGCUUUAUGAAACACAAAUGGUAAGACAUGGAAUGAUGGCACUGGGACCCAGUGGAGCUGGUAAAACAUGUUGCAUAAGAAUUCUGAUGAAGGCCAUGACAGACUGUGGAGCUGUUCACAAAGAGAUGAGAAUGAAUCCUAAAGCAAUCACUGCAGCACAAAUGUUUGGCCGACUAGAUGUAGCCACUAACGACUGGACAGAUGGUAUCUUUUCAACCCUCUGGAGACGUACUUUAAAAACUAAAAAGGAUGAACAUGUUUGGCUCAUUUUGGAUGGUCCAGUUGAUGCUAUUUGGAUUGAAAACUUGAACUCUGUGUUGGAUGACAACAAAACUCUGACCUUGGCCAAUGGUGAUCGUAUUCCCAUGUCACCAUCUUGUAAAAUCAUCUUUGAGCCACAUAACAUUGACAAUGCAUCACCAGCCACUGUCUCACGAAACGGAAUGGUUUAUAUGAGUUCAUCUGGAUUAAACUGGGUGCCCAUACUUGAAGGUUGGCUAAGCCGCCGUCCACCAGCAGAAGCAACAAUUUUACGAGGACUAUUUGGAAAGAUAUUUCAGCCUUUAAGUGAAUAUGUUUUGAUCUCUUUAACACCUAAAAUGGAAUUGCUGGAAUGCAAUUAUAUAAAACAAGCAAUGGAUCUUCUAGAUGGCUUAUUACCAUCUUCAGACAAAGAACCAAUCAGUGCUGUCCAUUAUGAGCGUCUUUUCGUAUUUACUCUAAUGUGGUCCUUUGGCGCUCUUUUGGAAUUAGAAGAUCGUGAUCGCAUGGAACUAUUUCUUAAGAAACAUAAACCUAAACUGGAUUUGCCUCAAAUACAUCCAGCUCGGAAGGAAACAAUAUUUGAAUACUUAGUAGAUUCAGAAGGUAAUUGGUUGCAUUGGAGUAACAGAGUGGAAGAGUAUAUAUACCCACCUGACAGCAUUCCAGCAUUUUCUUCCAUAUUGGUACCAAAUGUAGAUAAUGUUCGAACCAAUUUCUUGAUUGAUGUUAUUCAAAAACAAAAAAAGUCUGUCUUAUUAAUUGGAGAGCAAGGAACGGCAAAAACUGUUAUGAUCAAGGGAUAUCUUAAUACCAGUGAUCCCAGUGAUUUCAUUUGGAAAAAUCUGAGUUUUUCUUCAGCUACGACGCCCCAGAUGUUUCAGCGAGCUGUUGAAAGUUGUGUGGAGAAAAAAGUAGGCACUACCUUUGGUCCUCCGGCUGGUAAGGAAAUGGCAAUUUUCAUUGAUGAUAUUAAUAUGCCUGAAAUUAAUGAAUGGGGUGAUCAGGUGACCAAUGAAAUAGUUCGACAACUGAUGGAAAACAAAGGUUUUUAUAGUUUAGAUAAACCAGGAGAUUUCACUACUAUAACAGAUAUCCAGUAUAUAGCUGCUAUGAUUCAACCUGGAGGAGGACGAAAUGACAUUCCAAGCAGAUUAAAGCGACAGUUUUCCGUUUUUAACUGCACUUUGCCAGCACCAACAUCCAUUGACAAAAUAUUUGGUGUAAUAGGAAGUGGAUACUUUUGUGAAGAGCGAUUUUCCAAAGAAAUAUCUCCUUUUGUUCCUGCCACAAGAAUCUUAUGGCAAGAAACAAAAAUAAAAAUGUUGCCAACUCCUGCUAAGUUCCAUUAUGUAUUCAAUUUAAGAGAUCUUUCUCGCAUUUGGGAAGGAAUGUUAAAAAUUGAAAAGGCAGAAUGUAGUACAAAGCGUGAUUUGCUUGCACUCUGGAAACAUGAGUGCACUAGAGUUAUUGCAGACAGAUUCACAAAUGAAGAGGAUAAAAAUUGGUUUCUGAAUAAAAUGAGCCAAGUAGUAAAAACAGAAUUAGGGGAAGAAUUUUUAGAAAUUUUGCCUGAAGAGCCAUACUUUGUUAAUUUCUUAAGAGAUCCUCCAGAACCUGAAACCGACGAAGAAGAAGUUAGCUUGGAAAUGCCCAUUGUCUAUGAGGAAGUUCCUUCAUUCGAGCAAUUAGCUGAACGCCUUAAUUAUUUUAUGCAUCAGUAUAAUGAAAACAGCAAAAGUAUGAAAAUGGAUCUCGUAUUCUUCAAAGAUGCUAUGGUUCAUUUAAUCAAAAUUGCUCGUAUCCUGAGUACUCCCCAAGGAAGUGCCCUGCUUGUUGGAGUUGGUGGAUCUGGAAAACAAUCAUUGACUCGCCUAGCAGCUUCCAUUUAUAAACAUGAAAUAUUUCAAAUAACUCUAACCAGGUCAUACAAUGAAGGCAAUUUAGUCGAUGACUUGAAGUUCUUAUACAAGAAAGCUGGAGAAGAAGGAAAAGGAGUCACAUUUAUAUUCACAGAUAAUGAGAUUAAAGAAGAAUCAUUUUUAGAAUACCUCAACUCUAUCCUAGGUUCAGGAGAGGUUGCUAGUUUAUUUCCUAAAGAUGAAAUGCGGGAGAUUUUGGACAAUUUAUUACCUGUUAUGAAGAAGGAAUUUCCAAAAAGAGAACCAACUCAAGAAAAUCUGUAUGAUUAUUUUCUGACCAGGGCUAGAUCAAAUCUUCAUGUCAUUCUAUGUUUUUCUCCUGCAGGUGGAAAAUUCCAAAAACGUUCUCUAAAAUUUCCUGCCUUGAUAUCUGGUUGUACAAUGGAUUGGUUGACUUCAUGGCCUACUGAUGCACUGAUUGAUGUAUCCACCCAUUUUCUACAACCUUUUGAUAUUGUAUGCGCUCCUGAUAUUAAAUCUCAACUCAUGGAAGCCAUGGGUGUCAUCCACGAUGCUGUUUCUCAUCAGUGCAAUGAAUAUUUUCAGAGGUAUCGAAGACAAACUUUUGUCACUCCUAAGUCUUAUCUGGCCUUCAUUAAUGGAUACAAAGCCAUUUAUUCUGAGAAGAAAUCUGACAUCAGUGGACUUGCAUCUCGAAUCAACAACGGUUUAACAAAACUGAAAGAGGCCACUCUGAGUGUGCAUGAGCUUAAGAUUGAUCUGGCUGAGAAAGAAAAAGAUCUCAUAGUUGCCACAGCUGAAGUCGAUAAGGUGGUUAUAGAUGUGAAGAAAAAAACAGAAGUUGCAGAAAAAGUUAAAGAUUCUGUUCAGAUUGUAAAAGACAAAGCACAAAAAAUUGUUGAUAAAAUUAAUGUUGAAAAAGCUGCAACCGAAGAAAAACUUGAAGAUGCUCGCCCUGCUAUGGAAGCUGCUGAACAAGCUUUGCAGACCAUCAAAGCGGCAGAUAUAGCAACAGUUCGAAAAUUAGCAAAACCACCUCAUCUCAUUAUGAGGAUUAUGGACUGUGUCCUGAUCCUUUUCCAAGAACCAAUGAACAAAGUCACUCCUGAUCCUGACAAACCAUGCCCCAAGCCUUCAUGGAAUUUUUCUCUUAAAGUAAUGAGUGGAAAUUUUUUACUCCAACUUCAACAAUAUCCUAAAGAUUGCAUUAAUGACGAAAUUGUUGAACUUAUGGAACCUUACACUAAUAUGGAAGACUACACUUUUGAGACUGCUCAAAAAGUUUGUGGUCAAGUGGCUGGCCUUCUUUCUUGGACACUCGCUAUGGCCAGUUUUUAUGCUGUUAACAAAGAAGUUUUGCCUCUAAAGGCCAAUUUAGCUUUGCUAGAAGGAGAACAUAAAGUAGCUUCUGAAGAGCUAAAAACGGCACAGGCAGAGUUUGAUGCAAAACAAAAAGAAGUAGAUGAAGUAAAUGCUAUUUAUAAUGCAGCGAUGAGUAAGAAACAGUCAUUACAAGAUACCGCAGAAACCUGCAAAAGGAAGAUGAUUGCGGCAGAAGCAUUAAUUUCAGGACUGCAGGGAGAAAAAGAAAGAUGGACUGAAGACAGUAAACGUUUUCAAAGUCAAAUUGAUAGACUUGUUGGAGACUCUUUUCUGCUUGCUGGAUUUCUUUCUUAUUCUGGCCCAUUCAAUCAAGAAUUUAGAAACAUGUUUUUUAACUCCUGGAAAAAUGAACUUCAGAACAGGAAGAUACCCUUCACAGAAGAUCUUAACUCAAUAAAUUCUUUAACUGAUGCACCCACAAUUGCUGAAUGGGGUGUGCAGGGCUUACCGAAUGAUGAGCUUUCCUUACAAAAUGGUAUUAUAGUCACAAAGUCAGAGCGUUAUCCUUUGCUUAUUGAUCCUCAGGGGCAGGGUAAGGCUUGGAUCAUCAAAAAAGAAGCAAACAGGCGAUUAAUAAUAACCAACUUGAAUCAUAAAUUCUUUCGUCAAUUUUUCGAAGAUGCUUUGUCUCAGGGACUGCCUAUGCUGAUUGAAGAUGUUGGAGAAGAACUAGACCCAGUCUUAGAUAAUGUUUUAGAUAAAAACUUUAUGAAGUCUGGGACCAUUUUGAAAGUAAAAAUUGGAGACAAAGAUGUGGACUUCUUAAAAUCCUUUAAACUUUAUAUCACCACAAAACUGCCAAAUCCCACUUAUGCUCCUGAAGUUACAGCUAGAACAUCUGUUAUUGAUUUUACUGUCACUAUGAAGGGUUUAGAAGAUCAGCUCCUUGGUCGUGUCAUUUUAGCUGAAAAGCAGGAGCUAGAAGCAGAGAGAGUUGCUCUACUAGAAAAUGUUGCAUCUAAUAAGAGAAAAACUAAGGAACUGGAAGACAAUUUGCUUCAUAAACUGGCCACAACUAAAGGAUCAUUAGUUGAUGAUGAAUCUCUUAUUGAAGUAUUAAAAACAACGAAAGAAACUGCUGCAGAUGUGGCUAAACAACUAGAAGUUGCCGAUACAACAAAUAAGAUGAUCAAUGUGGCUAGAGAAGAAUAUAGACCUGUUGCAACUAGAGGAAGUAUUUUGUAUUUCUUGAUUUGUGACAUGGCUAUGGUGAAUGUUAUGUAUCAAACUUCGUUAGUACAAUUCUUGGGAAUUUUUGACCAUUCUCUAGCCAGGUCAGAAAAGUCUCCAAGAACUGCUGUGAGAAUCGACAACAUAAUUCAUUUUUUGACAUUUGAAGUAUUCAAAUACACAUGUCGAGGCCUUUAUGAAAUUCAUAAAUUUCUCUUUACUUUACUUUUAACAAUGAAGAUAGACUUAGCAGAAUCAAAAAUUUCAUUUGAGGAGUUUAAUAUUUUUAUAAAGGGUGGGGCUGCAUUAGAUUUAAAAGCAGUAGAGCCAAAAACCUGUCGUUGGGUUACAGAUAUGACUUGGCUGAACCUAGUUGCUCUGACUAAACUAGAUUAUUUCAGAGAAAUUCUUGUUAAGGUAAAACGUAGCGAAAAAUUGUGGAAAGCUUGGUAUGAGAAAGAUGCUCCUGAAGAGGAAAUUAUACCUGAUGGAUAUCACACUCUAGAUUCCUUUAAAAAACUCCUUCUGAUUAGAUCCUGGUGUCAAGACCGUACUCUGUCACAGGCUCGAAAGUACGUUUCUGACUCCAUGGGACAACGAUAUGCUGAUCCUGUUAUCAUGAACAUGGAUUCCAUGUGGGAGGAAAGCACUUCUCGUUGUCCUCUGAUUUGCCUCCUUACCAUGGGAGCCGACCCUACUCAACAAAUAGAAUCCCUUGCCAAGUCAAAAGAAUUGUCUUUUGGGGCCAUAUCAAUGGGCCAAGGGCAAGAGGUUCAUGCAAGGAAGUUGAUGAGCUCAUGUUUUGAACUGGGUGGUUGGAUGCUGUUACAGAACUGCCAUUUGGGUUUAGAUUUCAUGGAUGAAUUGUUGGAUAAGAUCUUGACUACAGAAAAAGUUGAUGAUUCUUUUAGGUGUUGGAUAACAACUGAGGUCCACCCAAAAUUUCCUAUAUCUCUUCUUCAAGCUUCCAUCAAAUUCACCAAUGAGCCUCCACAGGGAAUCAGGGCAGGCCUGAAAAGGACUUACUCCAUUGUCACUCAAAAACAACUGGAAGCCAUCACUUAUCCGCAGUGGCAACCCAUGCUGUAUACUGUUUCUUUUAUGCAUAGUGUUGUUCAGGAACGCAGGAAAUAUGGACCUUUAGGGUGGAAUAUACCUUAUGAGUUCAAUUCUGCUGAUUGGUCAGCUAGUGUACAGUUUAUCGAAAAUCAUUUGGAUGACAUGAAUCCUAAAGUAGGUGUUUCGUGGCUCACAGUAAGGUACAUGCUGGGAGAGGUGCAGUAUGGAGGGCGAGUAACUGAUGAUUACGACAAAAGACUGUUAAACACAAUUGCAGAGGAAUAUUUUGGAGAACAUAUGUUCUUGGAAACUUUCUCGUUUUAUGAAGGUUAUAACAUACCUAUCCGUAACACCAUUGAGGAAUACUUGCAGUACAUCGACAAUCUACCAGCCACAGAUUCACCUCAAGUAUUUGGUUUGCAUCCAAAUGCUGAUAUCACCUAUCAAAGUAACACUACUAAAGGAGUUUUGGACACAAUUCUCAGCAUACAGCCAAAAGAUGCUGGUGGCGGAACUGGAGAAACAAGAGAAUCUGUUGUUUAUUCAAUGGCCAAAGAUAUGAUGUCUAAAUUGCCCAAAAAUUACAUUCCUCAUGAGAUAAAAGAAAGAAUUAAAGCUCUGGGCGAUCCUGCAGCCCCCAUGAAUAUAUUUCUGAAACAAGAAGUUGAUAGGAUGCAAAAAGUCAUAACCAAUGUUCGUUCUACUUUGACUGAUCUGGAACUUGCCAUUGAUGGCACCAUAGUAAUGAAUGAGAUUUUAAGAGAUGCAUUAGAUAGCAUUUACGAUGCCCGAAUCCCUAACACAUGGCAAAAAGUUUCCUGGGACUCAAGCACUCUGGGAUUCUGGUUCACCGAACUGCUUGAGAGGAAUACUCAGUUCUCAAAUUGGUUGUUUAAAGGAAGACCAAGCUCCUUUUGGAUGACUGGAUUUUUCAAUCCCCAAGGAUUUUUGACUGCUAUGAGACAAGAAGUAAGCAGGGCUAACAAAGGUUGGGCAUUGGAUUCUGUCACACUUCACAAUGAUGUCACGCAACUCACUCGGGAAAGUGUCAAAGAUCCUCCAAAGGAAGGUGUUUAUGUGUAUGGGCUUUACCUUGAUGGAGCUUCUUGGGAUAGGAAAAAUGCCAUGCUGAUUGAACCAUCACCCAAAGUUCUUUUCACACUUCUCCCAGUUGUUCACAUCUAUGCCAUAAAUUCUACUGAUCCAAAAGACCCAGCUCUCUAUCAGUGCCCUGUAUACAAGAAACCAAGACGAACUGACCUAACCUACAUCACGCCUCUCUGGCUAAAGACUAACAUUCACCCAAAUCAUUGGAUUAUGCGAGGUGUUGCAAUCCUCUGUGAUAUUAAAUAACUCUAAACUAAAUUACAUUUAUUUAUCAAAACUUUGCGGAUAAUAUCUAAAUUUUUUAUUUAAUUAAAUAAAGUUGAAAACUGUUACUUUAACUCUU